CCGAUCCCCACUACAAAUAUUGAUAUAGUAGCCCCCCACUAAUAUUUUGUGGUAACCAAAUAAAACUAGGCCAGCUAAAUGGCUAUCACCGUCGCCGGAGAAGUAACCGCCGCGGUCGAGCCAAACGACGUCGUUCCUGGCUACGUCGACUUCAAGGGCCGCCCUUCCAUCCGCUCCAAAUCCGGUUUCUGGAAAUCAGCUUUUUUCAUCGCCGGUUUUGAAAUGGCGGAGAGGUUUUGUUACUAUGGAAUCAGCUCGAAUUUGGUGAAUUACUUAACCGGCGAACUAGGCCAAUCCACGGCCGCCGCCGCCGCAAACUUGAAUGCUUGGUACGGCACGGCGGCGCUCUCGCCUAUCCUCGGCGCCCUUAUCGCCGACACGCUUUUGGGCCGCUUCCGAACCAUUGUCUUCUCAUCUCUCCUAUAUGUAUUGGGACUUGGCUUCUUGACUCUAUCUUCUUUACUCAAUUCAAUGGGCACCACAAGCUGCAAAAAUGAUGGAAACAACAGCAACACAUUAUGUUAUCCAUCUCAGAUUCAGACAGUUUUCUUCUUCUUUUCUUUGUAUAUGGUUGCGUUUGCUCAAGGCGGGCACAAGCCCUCCCUGCAAGCAUUUGGUGCGGACCAGUUCGACGUUGAGGAUGAUAACGAAAACGCAGCGAAAAGCUCCUUCUUCAACUGGUGGUUUUGGUUCUCGUGUCUAGGCAUCGUCCUCGCCCUCGCUGUCGUCAAUUACAUCGAAGAGAAUCUAAGUUGGGUGGUCGGAUUUGGAAUCCCUUCCAUCGUUAUGCUCGUCUCCUUGAUUCUCUUCUGCAUCGGGUCACUGGUUUACCGGUUCAGCACUGAGAGCAAGAGGAAGAAGGGGAGGCAUCCGUUUGUCAGAAUGUUUAGCGUUAUUAUGAAAAAACACGAAACUUCUGGUCUUGAGUCUUUGGACAAGGCACUGCUUCCACUGUCAGAUUCUGACAAUGUAGAAGGUGCCAGGGAAGCAAAAGCAAUGCUACGGCUUGUCCCGAUUUGGUGCACAAGCCUUGGCUACUCCGUCGUGUACGCACAACCUUCUACUCUGUUCACGAAGCAAGCCCUCACGAUGGACCGCCGCAUCGGCCCAACCUUCGAAAUCCCUGCCGCCUCGUUCAUGAUCUGCAUCUCUCUAUCAAUCGUGCUCUUCGUCUCGAUCUACGACCGCGUGUUCGUCCCCAUCGCCAGGUCCAUAACCAAGAAGAGCUCGGGCAUAACAGUGUUUCAGAGGAUCGGGGUCGGGCUGGUCCUUUCCCUCCUGUCCAUAGUGAUCGCGGCCGUUGUUGAGGCCAGGCGCCUCAGGACAGCCCGGGAGCACGGCCUGUUGGACCAGCCUGACGCCGUGAUCCCGAUGAGCGUGUGGUGGUUGGCCCCACAGUACAUGCUCUCUGGGAUCUCAGACGUUUUUGGCAUGGUUGGUCUGCAGGAAUUUUUCUAUGACCAAGUCCCGAGUGAGCUCAAGAGCACGGGGCUCGCCCUAUAUCUGAGUAUACUCGGGGUGGGCAGCCUUGCUAGCAGCUUGUUGGUAUCCGUCAUCCAGAAAGCGACAAGCGGCGGCGGUGGGGGUGGGUGGUUUUCCGACAACUUGAACCGGGCGCAUCUCGACUACUUUUAUUGGCUGCUGGCCGGGAUUAGUGCACUCUCCCUUGUUGGUUAUGUUUACUCGGCUAAGUACUAUGUUUAUACUGGAAGGGCAGCUCACUAACUAGCCUUUUGUCAUGUUUAUUUUAUUGAAUGUUUGCCUAGUUAAUUUUAAACAUUGUUACAUAUAUGCAGGCCAAAUAUUGUCGCAUGAAGUUAUUACUAAUAUUUAAUUUCGUUUAUGACUGAUA